AUGGGCGAAACCGAAUCGUCCACACCGCGCUCCACCGCCGAACCACAGCUCAAGGCGGCCAAGGACAAGAACUGUCCCUUUUGCGGCCAGGCCUUCACCUCGUCCAGCCUGGGACGCCAUCUGGACCUGUACAUCCGCCCCAAGAAUCCAAAGGCGCCCGAUGGCGUACACAAUGUCGACGAGAUACGGAAGCUGCGCGGCGGCAUCACACGGCGGCAGGCCAAGGGCAGCGUGUCAACACCGCGGAGAGAUGACAGCGGCACGAGCACGCCCGCGAACAAGAAGCGCAUAGCGAGCGAGGAUUCGGUCCUCGUGCAGAGCCCGGAAGACGACGAUGAGCCGCUCGAGGUGGGCAAGACGAGGGGGCAGUUCAAGGAUGUCAGCUGGGGAAGCGGCCACCGGCCCUCACGACUCAACACCAAAACACCAGACCCACGCCGGGACGUAUCGCGGCAGUCGCGAAAGGCCGAGCUGGACCAGAGGCAGAAGUCGAAUGAGGAGACUGAGAUUGCGAGUGCCACCGAGAUGACACUGCGGGAGCUGCUGAAGAGUGUGCAAGUAGCCAACGCAAAAGCAUCCGGCUCCGGCCUCUUCGAAUUCGACCCCUACACCCAGAGCUUCCCCUCGCUGUGCCUUCAGAUCCUCCCCGCGCCCUCUACCCUCUUCUCCCCCACGCCCUUUCCCACGUCCGAGUCAUGGUCCAUCACCCCGCCGGGACAGAAGCAGUUCGAAGCGCUGAAUAAGCAGGUUCGCGAGCGUCUGCUUGCCUACCAGCGCCAGCGCCAGAUCAACCAGGUCUAUCCCUCGGGCUCGCACUCCUCUGCUCCUUCCACCACCACCUCGCCCCUGCCCACCCCACCGCUCUUCGACCACGACCCCCAACGCCUCUUUGGGCACAUUGCAGACGCCUUCCACCACUGGACACAGCAGUCAGAUAAGACGAGGCAGGAGUGCUGGCAGGUUGAGAUACUGCGCUGCUAUGCCCGUGCCGACGACAGGCGACGGGAAGCCGAGGUGCAGCUGGGGAACGCACGCAGGGAGAUUGAAUACCUGAAAGCCAACCGCUGGACCUCAGGCGCUCCCGAUGUAUCGCCUAUCAGCAUCAAUCUUGGUACCGACACGGCUAGGGAGCUUGCUAAGCACGGCAUGGACUACCGCAACUGGGACUACGACCGCCUCAUCGACAAGUGGCGGACCGCUAUACGCGAGAAUAGGGCCUCGGUCUCCGGUAUGGGCGCGCAAAAGCCAUUGCCCGGUGGUACCAGUACCAGAAGCUGCUCCAUGGCUAGCAUCCCACCACAAUUCGCUACUGUGAACCAGCCCAGGCAAGGCAGCCCGAUCAAGGUGGAGUCCAACAUGCCCUUUAGCGCGCCGCCCACCGUCUGUGGUGAUGGAGACUGCGAUCAGGUUGAUGCGGAAGGCGACGAUGACGACGACGACAUUGACCUGACGCCCCAAACCAUUGAGGAGGACGACUCGAUGCAUCAGAUGCAGCACCAGGCCCAACAACAGGCCUUGCACCACCCCCAGCCCCAACAUCACCACGGAGCACCCCUCCAGCCCACCCCGCCGCAUCCUUCGCAACAGUUUCAGCCACACAUGCAACCCACCCAGCACAUCACGCAAGCCCAGAUUGCCCAAGCGCAGGCUCAAGCCCAAGCAUGGGCAGCCGCACGCCAGCACAUGAACCAGUCGCGCAACCAAGACUUCCGGCCCCACCAGCAGCACCAGCUCUCGCCCCAUGUGCAGCACGUCGGCUCAGCUGACAGCAGUCGCCGAGAAUCGCUAGCCAUGAUGGACCCGCACGCCAUGAACCAAAACAACAUGAGCGGCAUGGGCAACUCCAUGGGCAUGUCAAGCGGCAUGGACGGCCUCGACAGCCACCAAGACCAAUUCCUGCGCAUGGACAUGGGCAUGUCAACGGGCUUUGUCGGCUCCAACGACCCCAGCGUCUCGAUGGGUUGA